AUCCCCUUCUCAUUCAUAUCAUUCACAUCUUGCUAACUGAAAAUAAUUCUUCAUCGGAAAAAGUCGUCGUCGCCAGAGAGCAAAAGGGUCAUCAACACAAAUUACUCAUCAAAUUAUCACACAAGUUCUUAAAAGAAUAUUGAAAAUGGCACCGAUCAAUGAGAAUGAUCUCAAUUUGAAGGAGACUGAGCUAAGAUUAGGGUUACCUGGUACAACAGAUAAUGAACCAAAGAAGCAAUUAUCUUCUUGUACUAAAAGAUCUUCAUCAGAGAUGGAUAGCUCCUCAUCAGAUACAAAUCAUGAUCAACAAGGCUCCUCCCCUGCACCAAAAGCACAGAUUGUUGGAUGGCCACCAGUUAGAUCUUAUAGGAAGAAUGUUGUUCAAGCCCAGAAUUCCAAUUCUGAUAUUUCUUCAGGAAUGUAUGUGAAAGUUAGCAUGGAUGGUGCACCUUACCUUAGGAAAAUUGACCUUAGGUUUUACAAGAAUUACCGAGAACUACUCAAGGCUUUGGAGAACAUGUUCAAACACCCCAUUGGUGUAUACUUGGAAAAAGAAGGCUACACUACUAGUGGAUCUGAUUAUAUAUUAACUUAUGAAGACAAGGAUGGUGAUUGGAUGCUUGUUGGAGAUGUACCAUUGGAUAUGUUCAUUAAUUCUUGCAAAAGGCUUAGAAUCAUGAAAGGGUCUGAAGCUAAAGGUUUGGCAUGCCUAUAGAACCUAUCUCACAUAUUUUAGGCGAGUUCUGCGGGUUCAAUUUUGCUUUCGGCUCGAUUUAUUUAUACACACACUAAAAAAAUUAAAAUAUAGUACAUAUAAGAAGGUCGUGCUCUUUCGUUGGACCCACUAAUUCUAGAUCCUAGAUUUGACUCGACCUAGCCUAACCUUAAUGACAGAGAAGCAUCAAUGAGUUUCUUGAUUGAGAUGCAAAAACCAAUUAGGGAAAUUCCCCUUGAUAGGUCCUGGAUGACAUGAAUCCGAAUUAGUUCAGUGAGUAUGUCUUUAAGACACUAGAUGGUUAUAGUGAAAAAAGGAUCAAUGAGCUUUUAGAUUGUCGUACUAGGGAGAGCUUCCUCCUUGAUAGGCUCUACGCGAUCGCAAAUUCAGAUUGGUUAGGUCAGUGUAUUUCAGAUACUGGAUGGUUAUAGCGGAGGCAAAAAAAAAAAAGAUCAAUGAGCUUCUUGACUGAGAUGAAAACUUUAUUAAGGAGCCUCUACUUGCGAGUGAAUCCGAAUUGGUUGGGUCAGUAUUUCAAAUAUUGGAUGGUUAUAAUGAGUAAAA